AUGGCUAGCGCUGCAGUGAUGAUGGAUGUGGACUCCUCUGGGGUCAAUGAUUUGCACUAUUCCGAAAAGAAAUUUCCAGAACAAGAUCAGAUUCAGGAACUCUUGAACGUUUUGAACGAGAUCUCGAAGACUACCGUAACAUUGGACCCAAGAUACAUAUGGAGGAGUUUGAAGGAUUUGAGCUCUUUGAGAAACCAAGAGCUUUUGAAUGCAGAAACCUUAUCUUUUACAGUGAAUGUCCUUUACCCUGAAUCUUCGUCAUUUAAGAAAAAUCUGUUGAAAUUCAUUAACUCUAACCAUAAAUCAUCCGUACCAGAGUCAAAUGAGCUAAGAAAUUCUUAUCCGGCAGCCUUUUAUUCAGUGAACACUGAAAAAAAGACCAUUGAAGUGACGCCUGAAAUCAACUGCUUUAUACAUCUGUUAGUUCAAUUGUUUUUAUUGGACAAUAAGAAAUUGGAAGAAUUGGUAGCAUUUAAUAGGAAGGUGGUUAUUCCAAAAUUAUUGUGUUUUUACAAUUUGCGUUCCUUAAAUUUGAUUAACGCCAAGUUAUGGUUUUACAUCUAUUUGAGUCAUGAAACAUUAGUGCGCGAGUCAACGGGGAUUGACAAUGACAAUCAAAAUAUAAUCCUAAGGUCCACCAUGAUGAAAUUCUUGAAAAUUGCUUCCUUGAAACAUGACAAUGAAACCAAAGGCAUGCUGAUUAACCUAAUCUUAAGGGAUUUUUUGAACAAUGGCGAAGUUAGUAGCGCGUCCAACUUUAUUUCUAAAUUAGAAUUCCCUCACAUAGACGUUUCCAGCUCAUUGGAGGCAAGAUAUUUCUUUUACUUGUCAAAGAUUAAUGCCGUUCAAUUAGAUUAUUCCACUGCGAACGAAUAUAUCAUUGCAGCCAUAAGAAAAGCUCCACAUAACUCCAAAAGUUUGGGGUUUUUACAACAGUCAAACAAACUACAUUGUUGUAUCCAAUUACUAAUGGGUGAUAUUCCAGAAUUAUCAUUUUUCCAUCAAUCAAAUAUGCAGAAAUCCCUCCUGCCUUAUUACCACUUAACGAAGGCCGUCAAAUUAGGUGACCUGAAAAAAUUUACGUCUACAAUCACAAAGUAUAAACAAAUACUAUUGAAAGAUGACACUUAUCAACUUUGUGUGAGGUUAAGAUCUAACGUCAUCAAGACAGGUAUUAGAAUCAUCUCCUUGACUUACAAGAAAAUUUCAUUAAGGGACAUUUGCUUGAAACUGAAUUUGGAUUCGGAGCAAACCGUAGAAUACAUGGUUUCAAGAGCUAUUAGAGAUGGCGUUAUCGAUGCUAGGAUUAAUCACGAAGAGGGCUUUAUUGAAACCACAGAAUUACUGAACAUCUAUGACAGCGAAGACCCCCAACAAGUAUUCGAUGAAAGAAUUAAAUUUGCCAAUCAAUUACAUGAUGAAUACCUUGUUUCCAUGAGGUAUCCAGAGGAUAAAAAAACUCAACACAAUGGAAAGAAUGAAAACGGUGAAAAUGAUGAUGACAUGCUUGAUGGCGAUUUACUGGACGAUAUAUCUGAUAUCUCGGAUCUCGAUGAUUUGGGAUUCUUAUAA